UUCAUAAAUGUGCCCGCUCUCCACUGUGAGGGCACGACACAUGACCUGUGGUGCCACCGGUUCUUCUUCGAGUGAGGUACCUGUCUUUUGGGCCAAAAGAUUAUGAUACCUAUCCUGGUAUACGCUGCGUCACUGGAAGGAAGAGUUGGUGACAUCACAAGUGAAAUCCACGGUGGGAAAAUAUCUGGAUUCCACAGUUGGGUCCAGUUCUACCUGCUUGAAAAGAAAGGAGAGCUCAACUAUCUGAGUUACAGUGCAGAUGGCCCAUGGACAGGUUAUCCAGAUGUAUACGGAUUUCAGUUCAAAUGGGGUACAUACCUUAAAUCCUUGGGAUCGAUGUUCUUAGGAACCAGCCCAGAGUUUGAUAUGGGAGUGUACACUCUGUGUUACAUUACACGUCCUGAUAGUCUGUGCACUCUUAAUAUGGGUGGAAAGACUCUUAAAAUACAAACAUACACAUGGGCCAACUCAUCAUAUGGAAAUGGCAAAAGAUAUGUGGCAUCUUCUUACCCUGUUGUGUAAAGACAAAUCUUUUAUUCUAAUGUGCUA